UGUCUCUCUCUGCAGCGGGAUGGAGACGCGGAGACGCGUGACGUCGCUGGGGUGAUGAUGAUCCGCUCCCUCAGAGCAGGAGUGAGUUUGGAGCGGGCACUGUGAAAUGCCUAACCAUCAUGUUGCCUGGAUAAUCACAAGAGGACGUCGGGAUAUCGAGACUUCAGUAAGCGACUGUAGCCGCGCGGUUCGAGAUCGACGGCGCCUGAUGCGCGCGUGGACGACGACGACGGCGUCGAGGGUGCGAGUGGAUCAUUCGGCUCUGACCAAUCAUGGGCGUCCUUCAGCUGCACAACCCCACCCACCCCAGCGCCCUGCUGCAGCGCGCCAACCAGAUGCGGCUGUCGGGCACGCUGUGCGACGUCAUCAUCACGGUGGACGGCCAGGAGUUCCCGGCGCACCGCACCGUGCUGGCGUGCACCAGCAAGAUGUUUGAGAUCCUGUUCCACCGCAGCAGCCUGCGCUACGCCCUCGACUUCCUGUCGCCCAAGACCUUCCAGCAGAUCCUGGAGUACGCCUACACAGCCUCCAUGCAGGCCAGCGCCGAGGACCUGGACGACCUGCUGUACGCCGCCGAGAUCCUGGAGAUAGAGUACCUGGAGGAGCAGUGCCUGAAGGUGCUGGAGACCAUCCAGGCCGAGGACAGCCAGGAGGAGUCGGCGGGGGGCGGCGGAGGAGGCGGAGGAGUCGACCAGGGCAGCCGAGCGAGGCACUGGAGGCACGUGCUGAUGUCCAAGAAGCAUUCCAUACAGGAGGGCGGGCGGGGCGGGGGCACCACCCCCACCGCGCUGCACCACCUGGCCCUCUACCACAUGGCCGAGAGGGGCAUGGCCGAGACGGACCCCCAGCACGAGGGCCCCGGCGCCGACCCCGCGGGGAAGGAGAUCCGCAUGGAGACGCUGAGCCCCCGAGGGCCCAGCCCCACCUCCAUCCAGAACCCCUUCAUGGACCCCGGAGCCCGGACCAUCAAGUCGGAGAGCAUGCAGGUGGACCACCCCGGCGGGACGGACCACCCCCCCAGGGACGAGGGCCCCGGGACCCCCCUGAGGGGCAGCGUGAUCACCAGCGCCCGGGAGCUGCACACGGGGCAGGACGAGGCAGGGCACUCCCCGGACGGGUACCCGGGGGCGGCCGAGCGGCACCUGGCCUCGCUGUACUCCGGCCUGGCCGGCGGGCACGAGGCGGGGCCGGGGCCCGUGUCCGUGGCGGUGGCCCCGGGGCUGGGCAUGCAGAUGGACCCCCGGGCCUACGGCGGGCUCCUGCACCAGGGCCUGCUGCACCGCGAGCUGCUGAGCCGGCUGGGCCAGUUCGCGGCGGGGAUGACGCGCGAGGGGCCGGCCCAGGGACAGCUGUGCUGCGGCGAGUGCGGGCUGCAGCUGCACAGCCGACAGGCGCUGGAGCAACACAGGCGGCUCCACAGCAGUGAUAAGGGCCACGGCUGUGAGUUCUGUGGCAAGCACUUCCAGGACAGCGUGCGGCUAAGGAUGCACAUGCUGUCUCACACAGCCCCCGCCGAGGCGCUGGUGUGUGAUCAGUGCGGAGCCACCUUCUCCUCCGAGGAGGCCCUUGAAGCCCACCGGCAGACACACACAGGGACCGACAUGGCGGUGUUCUGUCUGCUGUGCGCCAAACGCUUCCAGACCCAGAAGGCCCUGCAGCAGCACAUGGAGGUCCACGCGGGCAUGCACAGCUACAUCUGCAGCCACUGCGAGCGCUCCUUCCCCAGCCACACCACCCUGAAGCGCCACCUUCGCUCCCACGCGGCCGGAGACCACCCGUUCGAGUGUGAGUUUUGCGGGAGCUGCUUCCGGGACGACGGAACGCUGCGGGGCCACAAGCGCAUCCACACGGGGGAGAAGCCCUACGAGUGCAACAGCUGCGGGAAACGCUUCAGCCUGAAGCACCAGCUGGAGACACACUACCGCGUGCACACAGGCGAGAAGCCGUUCGAGUGCAAGCUGUGUCACCAGCGUUCCCGGGACUACUCGGCCAUGAUCAAGCACCUGCGCACGCACAACGGCGCUUCGCCCUACCAAUGCACCAUCUGCCAGGACUUCUGCCCCAGCCUGGCCGGCAUGCAGAAGCACAUGAAGGGGCACAAGCCGGAGGAUGUGCCCCCCGACUGGAGGAUAGAAAAGACUUACCUUUAUAUCUGCUAUGUCUGAGCGGGACUCAGACCUCACCUAGCACACUCACUCAGUCCCACACAUGCAGGUGUGUCUCACUCUCUCUCUCACACUCUCUAUCUCUUUAUCUCUCUCACUCUUCCUCUCCCACCCCCUGUCUCUCUCUCUCAAUUGUUCUCUAUCUCUCCCCCUCUCUCUCCCUAUCACUCUCUUUCUCCUGAACUCUCUCUUUCUGUCUCUCUCUCAGUCGUUCUCCAUCUCGCUCUUUCUCUAUUGCCCUCUGUCUCUUGAUCUCCCUCUCUAUCUCUCUAUCGCUCUCGCUCUCUCUCUAUCGCCCUCUAUCUUUUGAUCUCUCUCUUGCCCUUUUUUUCUUUCUCGAGCACUCUCUCUCUUUAUCCCUCCAUCAUCUCCUAUCUUGUUUUUUAUCCUUCCAUCAACUCCUGUCUUAUUUUUUAUCUCUGUGUCUUUGCCUCUCGCUUUCUUCCUCUCUUCUCUAUCUCACACAUGCGGCAACAAUGUAUGGGUAUAAAAAAAAC